UUACAAAAAAGGUAGAAUACUUUCUCUACAAAAUUCUAUUUUCUUUGCUUUAUCUUUGUUAAUUUGUGAGAUCACCAAAACACUCUAUGGAGCAAAUCUUAUCCUCACCCUUCUUCUUCCCACUUAUUACUCUCUUAUUCAUCUUUAUCAUCUCACUAUACUUCACAAUCAACCACCUUACCAACUCUAAGAAACAAGCUAAUAAUGGCUUCAAAAUUCACCCAUUCUUCGGCACACUCCCGGAGUUCCUCCGCAACCGCCACCGUUUCCUCGAUUGGACCACCGAAGUUCUAUCUCCUCUACCAACACACACCUCUAUAUUCUUCCGCCCUGGCCGAAUCCAUGGCAUCAUAACCGCCUACCCUCCCAACGUCGAACACUUCCUCAAAACUCGAUUCGACAACUACCCGAAAGGCCAACGAGUACUAUCUCUCUUGCAUGACUUCCUCGGCACCGGCAUCUUUAACUCCGACGACCAACUUUGGCGCAUGCAACGUAAAACCGCUAGCUUUGAGUUUAACAAACGUUCACUUAAGAACUUUGUCUUAGAUAGUGUAAAGUGUGAGAUAAAAAACCGGCUUUUACCUAUUUUAAAAGAAACUUCCGGUUCGAACCGGGUUUUGGAUUUACAAGAUAUUCUUGAGCGGUUCGCUUUUGAUAAUGUUUGUAUGUUGGCGUUUGAUUUUGACCCGGGUUGCUUGUCGGGUCAUGGGUCGGGUGAGUCCGGUUUCAUGCAGGCUUUCGAAGAAGCUGCCGCGCUUAGUGCUGCGCGUUUUAUGUACGUGCUUCCUAUGCUAUGGAAGAUUAAGAAGUUGUUUAACGUAGGGUCGGAGAAAAGAUUAAGGGAGUCAAUUAAGAUUGUUCAUGGAUUUGCAGAUAAGAUUAUACAAACAAGGUUAGAAGAAAUGUCACGAGAAAAUAAUAAAAAUAGUGAUCAUAAUAUAAUUCACCAAGAUUUGUUGUCACGUUUUAUUUUUGCGGAUGAAAGUAGUACACAUGAUUGUAAUUUUCUUAGGGAUGUUGUGAUAAGUUUUAUCCUUGCUGGAAGGGAUACAACAUCAUCUGGAUUAAGUUGGUUUUUUUGGUUGUUAGCUAAUAAUCAAGAUAUUCUAACAAAGAUUCGAGCUGAAGUUAGUGAGGUUCGUAGUAGAGUUGGUAAAGAAAUUGGUGAUACGUAUGAUUUCGAUGAGUUAAAAGAAAUGCACUAUCUACAUGGGGCGUUAUCUGAGACUUUACGUUUAUAUCCUCCUGUACCUGUUGAUACAAGGGCGUGUCUGGAAGAUGAUAUUUUACCUAGCGGAACAAAAAUUAAGAAAGAUUGGUUUGUUACAUAUCAUACAUAUGCUAUGGGAAGAAUGGAAAGUAUUUGGGGUAAGGAUUGCUUGGAAUUUCGACCCGAAAGAUGGAUCGAUGAAAAUGGGUUGUAUAAGGCGGAUAACCCGUUUAGAUUUCCGGUUUUUCAUGCGGGUCCAAGGAUUUGUUUAGGGAAAGAAAUGGCGUAUUUACAAAUGAAAUCUAUAGCAGCUUGUGUGGUGGAACAAUUUGAUAUAGAUGUGGUAGAGAAAGAAACACGUCCAGAAUAUAUGUUGUCCUUAACUUUAAGGAUGAAGAAUGGACUCCCUGUGAGAGUGAAGGCAAGGAAAUAACAAAUGCUAUGAAUGAUGGUUAAUUGACUAGAGAUAUAGUGGUUUGUCUAGCUACAUGUGUAUUUUGUAUCUUGAUCUUUUUUGUUUUUCCUUAUUUUAGCCCACUUAUUUUGAAAGUUAUAAAGGACAAAUAAACUUUGUGCUGAUUGUGGAGGUAGAAAAGGAAUAAAUAAAGCAAUUAAAUUUUAGGAGUUUUUAUAAAGGGCUUCUUUCGAUUCGCUUUUCUAUUGAUAGAUGGAGAUCAUGUAAUAAAUUGUACAAUAAUGUUAAAUUGUUAAUAUGGGUUAUUGUGGAGUAAUAAACUUAGAAUGGUCCGUAUGGUUAAUAUCA